UCCUAAAGCAGUGCCACCAACUCAGCACCUCCGUGGAUCUUAUUGUCAUCUCUCGUCACUCCUCGUUAUCCCCUCUUAUAGUUCAUCAUCUCCAUCUCCAGCAGGACAAACCGGAACCCACAGACAUGCAGAGCUCCUGGAUCUGGAGAGAGUUCCUCUUUGGGCUGCUGAGCUUCUCUUGCAUCUUGGCUCCUCCUUCUUCAGCUCGUUCUUCAGUGAAGGUGAAUCUUCAUGACUCUGCUACUCUGCCCUGCUCUGAGAGAUGUUCUGGUUUGGUCAGAUGGACUGCAUCCCGUAAACCCCAUGAAGGUCUGUCUGAGUGUAAUCAGACUUUAUGCAGAUCAGUGAAGGAGGGAUAUCAGAUGAUCUAUGAUCAGUACCUGAAGGAGAAUCUCUCUCUCACCAUCACUGACGCUGAUUUCAGUAAGAGAACCUGGUACACUUGUCAGUGUGACGGUAAAGACAUCUGUGAUGUGAGUCUACGGCUUGAGCCUCCUGAGAACGUCCAGCAGAUGAACUGUGGGGACAAUCUGACUUUGGAUCUUCCCGUCUCAGAGCCACUGAUGGUGACCUUCAACAGGACUGGAGACUCUGAUCCAAACCCUGUGAAGCUGUGUGAAGUCAAGGGCCGUAAACUCCAGUGUGACCCUCCGUAUGAGGAGAGAGUAUCGCUUCAGUCCAGUCUGCAGCUGAAGGACCUGAAGGACUUGGAUGGUGGUGUUUACACCAUAGUGGACACUGAGAACGAGGAGGUUGUGUCUACAUAUAGAAUCACAGUCAGAGCUCCUGAUAAUUCUAAGAAGAUACAGCCUGGAGAAUCUCUCAUCCUGGAUCUUCCCAUCUCAGAGACAGCAAGGGUGAUUUUACCAGAAGUGAAGAUGCCAAUCAAAACCCUGAUGAGCUAUGUGAAGCUGAAAACUGUAAAGUCUAGCCUGUAGUCCAGCCUGACCCUCCAUGAGAGGAGAGAGUGCUGUUCCAGUCCAGGUUGCAGCUGAAGGACCUGAGUGGACACUGAGAAUGGAGAGUCGUAUAGAGUCAGCAUUGUUCAAAGUCAGUCAUGCCCAGCAUUUCUGUUCACCGUGUCCUGAUCUUACUGACCACUGGAUUGAUUACUGGGUCUGUAUCAGCUGUUGGGCCAGUGAAGGUGAAGCUUCAUGACUCUGCUACUCUGUCCUGCUCUGAGAGAUGCUCUGGUUUGGUCAGAUGGACUGUGUUCGAUAAACCCGGUGACACUCUGGCUGAGUGUGAUCAGACUUCAUGUAGAUCAGUGAAGGAGGGAUAUCAGAUGAUCCAUGAUCAGUACCUGAAGGGAGAUUUCUCUCUCACCAUCACUGACGCUGAUUUCAGUAAGAGAGGCUGGUACACGUGUGGCUGUGAUGAUAAAGAUCUCUGUGACGUGAAGCUUCAGAUUGAGCUCUUGAAAACUUCAGUUCAGAUAAAACCUGGUGAAUCUGUGAUCCUAAGGGUGGACAUAUCAGAUCCAGUGGAGGUGCAUUAUAACAGCACAGGUGCAGCCAAUCAAUCCAGUGGUCAGAUCUGUACAGUGGAUGGACGGUCAACACAGUGUAAACCUGAAUAUACACAGAGAUCAUCACUUACAUCUGGUCUUGAGCUGAGAGGAAUGACUCCCUCUGACAGUGGAGUUUACACUGUAAUGGACAAAAGGAAUGAAGAGGUCAUUCACGAAUAUGAGGUGACGGUUGAAGAUGACCAGCCCGGUCAGGGAUCCGGUGUGCCAGUGUGGCUGUUUCUCCUCUCGCUCAUUGUGUGUGGGGUAUUAUUGUUGGUGAUUUGGUGGAUGUGGAGAAAAAUUCAGCAGCUCCAGAGGAGAAAUGAAGGCCCAUAAUGGAGAAGAGACGAUGAGCCUCAGGUCAGCAGACACUGGCUAAUUUCAUUGACACCACAUGGACGGAUCUGAAUGACCCGGCCACUCUGUCCUGUCCAGAGCCCUGUUCAGGCGUGGAGACCUGGGAGAGGAAUGGACGGAAAGUGGCCGAAUGUGGAGGUGAAGAAGAGUCGGAGUUCAGCUGUGAGAGACGCCUGGACCAGAGUAGCCUCACCGUUCCUCAGGUUAAUUACACCACCAGAGGAUUUUAUCACACCAAAUGUGACGGAAAAGUGAUCUUUUGGAUCAAUCUGAGGAUGUGGAAAAGAGUGUUCCCCUGACAUGAGGGAAUACCAUGCAGCGGAAAGACCCUCAUCACAGGGAAUGACUUUAAAUCAAUAAAAAUGACCCUGAAAUUUCCUAGUUUACUUAUUUUUAUGUCCCAAUCAAGCUGACGCUCCUGGUCCUGCAGGGCUUCAUUCUUUCUUUGUGAAAGUGCUGAGUGUGAAGUGUUUUUAAAUGUAUGAGAGCUUUUUAUGGCUUUUACUGAUCUGCUAUUUAUUACUUUUCUCUCCUCUGUAUGAAAUAAAGUGUGUCACUAUCCCACAA